CCAGGAAACCGCCAAAGGUCAUUUUGGUCAAGUCGCCUCUCUCAGUCGAAACCCACAGAAAAAAGAACCCUCUACGAACACAGAGGCUGCUCCGGCGGGCGGCGGCGGCGCGGCGAGAUGGCUGACGAAGCGGAGACCGAGAAAGCCACGCUGGCAGCGGAAGACGGGGGCAAUCCCCCGGAGCUCUCGAAGAGCGCGAGGAAGAAGCUGCAGAAGCAGGAGCGGCAGGCGGAACGUAAGGCAGCCCGGAAGGCGGCGGAGAAGGAGCGCCGGCGCGCCGACGUGGAGCGGCGGAGGCGUGAGUGGGAGGACGCUCUCGCCGCCGCGCCGUCGGAUGAGGCCCGGGCCGAGAUGGUGGCGGCGCGGCGGGAGACGCGGCGCGAGCGGGUGGGCCAGCGGGCGGAGGAGCGCGGCGCGCGAGCUGACCGGCUCAGGCGCGCGGCCGAGGGCGCGGGCCAGAAGGUGGUGCUGGACCUCGAGUUCGCGGACCUUAUGCGGCCCAACGAGAUUCAUAGCCUCACGCAGCAGAUUAUGUACUGCUAUGCAGUGAAUGGGAGAUCUGCAAACCCAGCUCACCUGUGGUUGACAGGUUGCAGUGGAGAAAUGGCGACCCAUCUUCAGAGAAUUCCUGGGUAUGAUAAGUGGAUCAUUGAAAAGGCGGCCAAGCCUUAUAUCGAAGCAUUUGAAGAUCGUAAAGAAAACCUUGUGUAUCUUACAGCAGAUGCUGAAACAGUGCUUGAUGAUCUAGACAUGUCGAAAAUAUACAUCAUUGGUGGCCUGGUGGAUCGAAACAGAUGGAAGGGCAUAACGCUGAAAAAGUCAGCUGAGCAGGGAAUUCAAUCUGCAAAGCUUCCUAUUGGAAACUACCUAAAAAUGUCAAGUUCUCAGGUUCUUACAGUUAACCAAGUGUUUGAGAUAAUGUUAAAGUUUGUGGAAACAAGGGACUGGAAGACGGCAUUCUUCCAUGUGAUUCCACAAAGGAAGAGGGGAGAAGCUGAAACUGGAGAUGAUGGGGACAAAGGUAGCUUGGAUGACAAUGAUGCUGCCCCCAAAGGGGCUGCAGAUGGAGACCAUUCUGAAGAAGACAUGAACAAGGGUUUGGAUGAGGAGGUGGGCGAUGAUGGGGAUGAAGAGCUGGAAGAGGAAGAAAUGGAUGCCUCCAACAAGAGGCAGUGUGUUAGACUUGAAAACGGGGAAGUUGGGGAUCACUCCUCUGGCGCCGUAGCAGAGGCCAUACCCAUACCAGACGGGGACGCCACGCUCCAGGCUGAGCAAGCCAAGAAUCAAACAACGUUGGCCGGGACUGAUGAACAGUGAACAAUACGUUUGCCACUAUUUUCAGAACAGCAUUGGUUUUGGAUUUUUGAGCGUUCUCUCUGGUAUUCCAUGUAUUUUAAAUAAUUUCUGUUGUACUCGUAACUGAUUGUUCUAACGGUGGCGGGGACUGAUGAACAAUGAAACCCACGUUUGCCACUGUUUUGCAUAACAGCAUCGGUUUUGUAUUUUUUGGGGGGGCGUUUUUUUCUGGUAUUCAUGUAUUUUAAAUAGUUUUUUUCCUUUUUUUUGGGAAAAAAUAGCGGAGCAAUGCUGUAUCAUAUAAGACGGAAGCAAACUAGUUACAACAAUUUGGUUCUUA